CCAUCCAAUAAGACUGUAUAGCAGAUGGCAGUUGAUGGAAUGACAACAUCACUGAAAGCAAAUAUGCUGCCCAGUGCAUUGCUAAUAAAUAGUUCAGAGGAAAUAUAAUCCUUGCUACGCAAAUAUGUAUUUUUCUUCCUGUCCACAGGCUGGCAAAAUCCUUGUUCAAGAAAUGAACGCAUCAUGUAAACAAGCACUUCAAACUAAAACAGGAAAUGCAAGAGACUCUAGUAGCAAAACUGACCACACAUCUUGUUUUCUUUAUCUCACAACUGGAAGGGUUGUUGUUGUUGUUGUUGUUGAUCUUUCAAAGAUGGGUGUUCAUCUAUGAGAAAGGCUACCAGAUUGAAGACUCAGCUAUCGGAUCUGUGCUAACCAAGAUGAAGGGAGUGGGCCACACAUCCGAGGAUGAGGAGGAACGGGUGUGGGACGUGGCCGACUACGUCUUCCCCGAACAGGGGGACGCGUCGUUCGUGGUGAUGACUAAUUACAUAAUCACCGAGAGGCAGAAGCAGGACAAGUGCCCGGAGCUUAACGAUGGCAAGAAUUCCUGCACCACGGACAAAGACUGUGAAGGGGGACGAUACAAACGUACGGGAAAUGGGUAUAUGACGGGGAAGUGUGUCAACAAUAAGACCUGCGAGGUGCGCGCCUGGUGCCCUGUGGAAGAUGACCGGACCAUUCCAGAUCCCCCACUGCUGAUGUCUGCUGAGAACUACACCCUCUUCAUCAAAAACUCUGUUACCUUUCCUCAGUUCGGCGUGGUCAGGAGCAAUCUGGUUGAAGGCGUGGACAGCAGUUACAUCAAGAGAUGCCUCUACCAUGAGACAAACAGUCCUCUGUGCCCCAUCUUCAAGCUGGGAGACAUAGUGAGACUCUCUGGCUUCAACUUCCAACAAAUAGCAAAAGUGGGUGGUGCGAUUGGCAUCCUCAUCGACUGGGUGUGUAAUCUGGAUUACAACAUUAAACACUGCAAGCCAAAGUACUACUUUCAUGGUCUCUAUGGUAACGCGCGUGAGACGGACAAGGCCAGGGCAUCUGUGGGCUACAACUUCAGGCACGCUAAAUACUACAUGGAGAACUCGACGGAAAUGAGAACACUCAUGAAAGUGUUUGGCAUCCGCUUCAAUGUCAUCGUUCGUGGACUGGCAAGAAAAUUUGAUAUCAUCCCAACACUUACAGCAAUUGGAUCAGGAGUAGGGAUCUUUGGAGUGGCAACCGUUGUGUGUGACCUUGUGCUGUUAUAUGUUUUGCCCAAGAGAGAUUUCUACAAGAAUAUGAAAUUCAAAUCAACAGUCAUGGAUGAUGAAGCCUUACUUGGUGACUCUGGACCUUUAUCUCCACAGGAUUGACUGCCCCGCCGCUUAAAUCUUCAGCCUCGCUGCCGUGACAACUGACUGCACUGUAAGAACACAAAACACACACUGGAGUAGAUAUGCUCGCACUGGGUCAGAAGGGUCUUACAAAUGGGCAUUUGCAAGCCUGUGGACUUGACACUGUACUACAUAAAAGUCUCCCAAGAAUGAUUCCACAUCCAUGUUCAGCAGAGGGUUUUUUUUUUUUUUGUAGUAUCACAACAUUUGGGUGUGUAAUCUUUUUUGCCCAUAGACUGUCUGGGAAUCAGGUCCUGUCCCUUGUACUACACGGAUAACACAGUCUUUCACCAACAUCAUCUUUUUCUUGUCUUCAUAGUGUCUUCACUGGGCUGUUUCUGUAAUCCUACAAAUAAACACGUUUUUUUAGUGCGAUAUGUGGCUAACUCACUCUGCAUCUUCUAGUCUAGUAGGAGGAGGAGAGGACAUGUUGGGAUUAUAGGACCUCACAGUACACGACUGGUGUAAGGCCUACUGUAUGUGAUCAUUCAUUCUGAUAUGUCUAUUGGGUUGUUUGUUCAUGACAUGUGGUCAUAUGCAAGUUCUUUUGGAAUGUGUACGGUCAGGGAGUACUGUCCAUGUGACUGGUACUAACGAAAGUAAAACCACACAAGACAAAUUUGUUCUGAAAAAGGCUAUGGAGGCCCAUGUCGUUGUGAUAUCUUUUAUUGUCUUUGAUUAUGUCUAAAUGUACAAAAGCAUGCAAAAAAUAGCCUCUUUGUAUAUAUCGGUACAUAUUUACAUUGUAACAGUUGCAUUCUCCAUUUUUUUUUUUUUUUUCGUGUGUAUGUCAUGCUUUGUUUUUUCGUGUGUGAGAAAUGUACAUUCAGAUUAGGCAGAAGAGCACAGACAGCCAUUGAACAUACAUCUUAGACAGGCACUAAAACACAGACAGAGGGACGGAUCUAAUGGGCGCCGUGCUGUCGGGGCUACAUGCUGUACAAUCUCACUGUUGUCUCACUAAGCCCUUUAGCUGGAUAUUCACAACUGAAACAGAUAGAGUGCCACCCAUGUCAUUGGAGUUAAUUAGAGACAAGAGUACCUCAGUGAUGACUGACAUUGUCCCUGUGAAAGUUUACUGCCUACAGUAGUUAUACCUGCAUUUGUGUUUGUUUUGUUGUUGUUGUUGUUUUGUUUUUGUUUUUUUCCCUUAGAAUGUAAGGUCCCAUUCUGCUGUUGGGAGCUAUCGGAUUGACUGUGUGAAAAGAAAAAUGAAUGUUGAAUAAAUAUGCUGAAGACAAG